CGGGAGAGGCGUUUUGCGCAGAUGGCGCCCUAAGCUGAGCAUCAUCAUUUCACGCCAGCGUGUCGCUUGAGUGCGGCCUCAGAGAGAGGGCUACAGGGCAACCAUACUAGCCGGUGGCGGUGGGCCGUUACGGGCCUUUGCGCCUCGCCGUUAUGGCUUGGGCAUAGUCCUGCGUCCUCCAUUUGGAGUAUAUGAAUGGGAAGCCCACCCCCUAUGUCGUGUUGCUUACUUCGUCACUCAUCGAGCCCCCUCAAGGACUCAAGACUCCAGACGAACCACUACUACUUCUUCCACAUCGCUACCUCACAAUCCAAUUUACCCACAAGACAUUAUCAACAUGCCGGAGUACUGGUGGUGCUGCCAGUGCAAAUCCGGCGGCUACAACGUCGAAAUUCAUUCGGCGUGCAACGAAACCUCCUGCCAGCACAAAAGGUGCUCGGCCUGCCCGACUGAGAGGCAUGAGUGCCUCGAUUCCUCUUCAGAGUUCGGAGACACGCACUCCGAAUGCAGCGACGUCGCCCCCGAUUCCCUGCUCGUCUCGAAGUUCGACUUUCGCGUCCCGAGCCCAGAACUUCCUGCAACUCCUCGCAUGCCGUUGUCGAUACUCUCCCAAGAGGGUAUGAAGACUCUUUCUUACAUGCCAUCUGGCACAUCCGACCACCCCGCCCUCCUUACGCACGCCUAUGCUGCCGCCCUCGAUCAGCCUUCCUCCCACAACGUCAACACCCACGGAACCAACACCCGUCCGAAUGGGCACGGCGAGCGGGAACUCCGCUGGUACUGCUGUUACUGCGGCGAUACAGACAACAGCUACAGAUACCAGAGCCACUGCCCGGAUUGUAACCACAAGCGUUGCCGCUAUUGCACAGUGACGGAGAUCAUAAGGAAGUAGGGUUUUGGUGGUGGACACAGUUGGCUUGGAGUUCUUGAAAUCGAUCUCAUGGUGGCUAAGUUGUCAGGUUUCUUGUUGUUUCCUUUCUCGUCUGGAGUUUGUCGGGUCGUCCUUUCAAUCUCUUAUCCUUUUCAACUGAUACC